AUGUUCAGUCACAGUAGAGCAAGCGCGAGCGGGCUCAUAAACAGUGCAAAGAAGGCAGUGACGCUCAUCACCCAGCCCCGCACGUUAGCUUCUCCUCUCCUUUUCACCUCGCGCCCCGCUAACGAACGCCUUGCGUCCCAAUCUCACCGCUCCUUCGCCACCAUGAACCAGAACGAAGACCCAAUCGAAGCUCUAUUCCAGCAAAAGCGCUCGCUCCGGUCCAGAAUGCGCAAAGAGCUCAGAAACAUGGACCCGCUUCGAAGAUCCGAAGAAGAUGCUGCAAUUCAGAGCAUUGUUGUAAAUGCUCCCUGGUUCAAAUCUAGCAAGAGUGUAUGUGCUUACAUUAGCUCCCCUGCUUUACGAGAGGUCGAUACGACAGGAAUUGUUUCAGAAAUUUUAUCCAAACCAGCCAAUGAGAGUGAUGUGCCGAACAGGAAAAAGCUUUAUGUUCCUCGUGUAGAGGAUAGGAAUAGCAAUAUGAGAAUGCUCAGGAUUUCCAGUGUUGAUGAUUUGAUUGUGAACUCAAUGAACAUUUUGGAACCAGCUCUUUCAGAUUCUGAUGGGAAGCAGCAUGAAGACGUUAUGGAGGCAAGGGAUCCAGUUGACUUGUUCAUCGUACCUGGGCUUGCAUUUGACAGAUGUGGAAGGCGUUUAGGCCGUAGUGGAGGCUACUAUGAUUUGUUCCUAAAGAAGUACCAAGAGCUUACAAAGGAACGAAAAUGGAAGGAGCCCCUUUGUGUUGCACUUUCAUAUUCUAUACAGAUCAUGGAGGAAGGAGCAAUAGCUGUCACUUCAAAUGAUGUUUCUAUGGAUGCUCUUGUAUCUCCAGCCAGUGUCAUUCCAAUAAGCCCUGCUGCUUGGGAGAGGAGCAUGGGUUAA